UUCCUCAGCAGGAUGGAAGGACUACCAGAAGUGGCUUCACAUCGGAUAGAGAUCUUGUCCGGCUUGCUGUUCCUGGGCCACCUAAUAGUGCUCACCUAUGGCCAUCCCAUUCUAAAAGCACCAGAGAGUGUAACAGGGACCUGGAAAAAAGAUGUGACUAUUCCAUGCAUCUAUGAACCUCUAGGAGGCUACAGGCAAGUUUUGGUGAAAUGGCUGGUACAACGUGGCUCUGACCCUGUCACCAUCUUCCUACAUGACUCCACUGGAGAUCAUAUCCAGCAGGCAAAAUACAGAGGUCGCCUGAAGAUGAGCCAAAAAGUUCUAGGAGAUGUGUCCCUCCAACUGAAUACCCUACAGAUGGAUGACAAGAAUCGCUACACAUGUGAGGUCACCUGGCAGACUCCUGAUGGAAACCAAGUAACAAGAGAUGAAAUCAUUGAGCUCCGUGUUCAGAAAUACCCCUAUUAUCCACCUAUAAUCAAUACUGAAGCACUUACAACCAUGCAAUCCUCUUUGGAAGCAACAACUAUAAUGAAUUCAACCUCCUACUCGACCAUUAAUGUGACUGGAAAACAUGAGGAGACCAUUUCUAGCCCAGGUAAUAGAAGGAACCUGACAAUCUUUGCCAUAAUCUUCAUCAUCUCCUUUUGCUGCAUAGUAGUUGUCACCAUAGCUUAUAUCAUGUUCCGCCGCAGGAAAUUCCAACAAGAGUAUGUCUAUGAAGUUAACAGGGUGUGUACCAGGAAGACAAGCAGCUCUGAAGAAACCACAAGGGUGACUGAUGUUGCAAGUGAGUACUUCAGAGAUGAAUCAGAUUCCCAUGCUCUGAUCAACGACUACUCUGAUGACCUUUGCCUCAGCCAGGAGUACCAAAUAACCACCAGAUCAACAAUGACUAUUCCUGCCUGCUGAACACAGUUCCCAGAAACUAAGAAGUUCUUGCUACUGAAGAAAAUAACAUCUGCUAAAAUGCCCCCACUAAGUCAAGGUCUACUGGCAUAAUUGCCUGUGACUUAUUCAGUUCUUGCCUUCAACGUAGUUUUCUCUCUGGCUUCCUCUCUUCCUAGACAACCUAAAGUCUCCAUCUAGUCUGCCAAUUCUGGGACGACUGAGAAAUCCUGGAUUUGGCUAAAGAUAUACUAUAUGCACCUCAAGAAAUCUAGCUUCUGGGCUUGGCCCAGGACACUUCUUUCUGGGGCCUUCACAAGUCCUCUCCAAACACCAGAGAAAUUCCCAUAGCACUAGAGGUUCUUUGUCAUGCCUCCAGGCUUCACCAGAAAGAAUAAAAUCAGAUGAGUCUCAGUCCUACCAACUCAGACAAAUGCUCAUGUCUAGGAUUACUUCCCUUUCUCUGGGGCCAGAUGGCUUUUAAUUGAUAUUGCUAUACUGUGGAUCUAAUACACUAGCACUUGUAUUCUUUUGAUGUUAAUAAAUGUUUAAUCAUGUCGGCA